AUGAAGGAUCGUGACUCUCUCUCUCUCCUGCACUACUCUGGUUCAGGCAAGACGAGCCCUCAGUUCCCCUCCGCUGCCCUCCAUCCCAGCUCCCCCGUGUUGGGAAAACCCCAGACAUUCUGCCUGCAGUCCGGCCAGCAUCUCAUAGCCUCCAUGCAGCUCCAGAAACUCAACAGCCACUAUCAGAAUCUGUCCUCUGCAACCACAGCCGGACCCGGUAGAGGGUACGGAGCCACCAUGCUGGCCCCAGGACAGAUCCCCUCCCCCGGGGCUUCACAGGCACCUGGGAUCAUUGAUUCGGAUCCGGUCGAUGAGGAAGUUCUGAUGUCACUUGUGGUGGAGCUGGGUUUGGACCGUGCCAAUGAGCUUCCGGAGCUAUGGCUGGGUCAGAACGAGUUUGACUUCAUCGCGGAUGUGCCGGCUGGGUGCUGA